AUGGCUACCCAAAGAUUGAAGAUCGGCUGUGCCGGUCUAGGCCGUAUGGGCAAGCGCCAUGCCCUGAACUUCCUGGAGCGUACUCCCCGAGCUGAGCUUGUGGCUGCCAGCUCCCCCGACCCCGUCGAACUCGAAUGGGCCAAAAUCCACCUCGAGCCCUUUGGCGUAACCCUGUACCAGAACUACGACGACAUGCUCAAGCAUGAAGGUCUGGUUGCCGUGGUGGUCGCAUCGGCAACUGCUGUGCAUGCCGAGCAAGCAAUCAAGGCAAUUGAAGCAGGCAAGCACACGCUUUGCGAGAAGCCUAUCUCCACAAGUCCCGAAGUGUCUCAAACCGUCGUCGACGCAGCAGCCAAGAAGCCAGAGCUCAAGGUGAUGUGCGGCUUCUCCCGACGCUUCGACAAGUCCUACCGCGACGCGUACCAGAAGAUGCAGGCAGGAGCAAUCGGCACUGCAUCCGUACUCCGCAGUCAGACCUGCGACAAGCUCGAUCCCAGCGGGUUCUUUGUCGCAUACGCCGAGUUCUCCGGCGGCAUCUUCGUCGACUGCUCCAUCCACGACAUUGACCUCACACUUUGGUUCUUCGGCAACGACUGCAAAGUGAAGUCAGUGUCGGCGAUUGGCAACACAGCCGUCGAGCCCGACUUGCGCAAGCACAACGACCGCGACAACGCCGUCGGCUUGGUCGAGUUCUACGAUGGCCGUAUUGCCUACUUCUAUGCUUCCCGCAUGAUGGCCGCUGGCCAGGAGGAUGUCACUGAGAUUAUCGGCACCAAGGGAAAGCUGGCGAUUAACAACCAGCCUGCAAUGAACCACGUUAAUAUCUACGAUGAGACCGGCGUCCGGAGGGAGAUCCCCCAGAACUACUAUGAUCGCUUCGAGUAUGCGUUUGUUACCGAGGCCAAUGAGUUCACUGCUUGCUGUCUUGAUAACACGGCACUGCCUCUUGAACUUGAGAAUGCUGUCAAGGCUGUUCGCAUUGGUGCUGCGCUGCAGGAGUCCAUGGUUACAGAGAAGAAGAUUUACUUCGAUGAGGAUGGGAAACGGUCGCAGUUGGCUAGUCUGUAA